AUGCGCAUCUCCUUUUUACACACCUUGAACCAUCCUGUCUCAUCUUGCUCUGAGAUGAAACUCCAUUCUUCCUCACGACUACAACUGAUGCCUGGUGCAACGACCCCCUCCUCUGCUUCACGACCUCUUAUUACUCAGGGUGAUUCCAACGACAACCCUUGCGGCCUCAUUUUACCCAAGUACUAUCCAAACGACCCGCUUUCUCCUCUCCUGCGACUCCCACUGCGCAAAACUACCCCAUUGACCUCUAUCUCCUUCCAGUACGACCUUCCACUACCCAAAGCUAUCCCCUACGACCUCCAAUACCCAAGUCUAUCCCAAACGACCCUCAUAUCUUCACCUACGAACUCUCACUACCCAAGGCUAUCCCAAACGACCUCACUUCUCCCCUACGAUCUCCCACGACUCAAGAAUAUCCCAACGAACCCCCUCUUUACCUAUACGACCUCCCGCUACCCAAGGAUAUCCCAACGACCCCUUACCCCUUCCCCUCCUACAUACCCCAAAGCUACCCCAACGACCUCCUCUUCUCUUCCCACUACGACCUCCCACCACCUCUCCUCCACGACCCCUCCACGAUCAUCCAAGACGAUCCCAAAAUCACAAGAACGUCUCAUUCUCCCCGUUAUAAUCCUCCCUCGACCAUGUGCUCG